UCAAUUUCAAGUGUCAUGAGCAAAACUUGGAAUGAUUUAAAUAUAAGCCCGGAGUGUCUUGAUGGUAUCAAACAUCUUGGUUUCACUGAUCCGAUGCCUGUUCAGGCAACUGUUAUUCCCUUGCUUUUGAAUCGUAAAGAUGUUGCCGCAGAAGCGGUUACUGGAUCAGGUAAAACUCUUGCGUUCAUUCUUCCAAUACUGGACAUUUUAUCUAAACGUCAAAAUCAGUGGAAAAAACACGAGAUUGGUGCUCUUAUUCUUUCUCCGACUUAUGAAUUGACAGUGCAAAUUCACGAAGUUCUCUCUACUUUUCUGCGCUUCUUUAAACUUGAAGAUGGUUCGCCUCGUUUCUCCUCUCUGGUUCUCAGUGGUGGUGCCGCGCACUCUAAACGCCUUGAAGAUCUUCACAAACUGCAAUCGGAAGGCGCCAACAUUAUGGUUGCGACGCCAGGACGUCUUGUUGAUUUAGUUCAAAAGGCUCCCCUCUUUCUCGGUCAGACCUCCAAUAACCAAACCCUCAACCCAGUCGUUAGGGGACUCCGCUCCCUGGAAGUGCUUAUCCUCGAUGAAGCUGAUCGCCUUUUGGACAUGGGAUUCGAACCCCAAUUGAACGCCAUUCUUGGUAUGCUCCCGAAACAACGCAGAACAGGCCUCUUCUCGGCUACACAAACUGAUCAACUUGACGAUUUGCUUCGAGCAGGUCUGCGCAAUCCUAUGAGAGUGGUAGUUCGUGAAAAGGAGCUGGUUCAGAGUCAAGACAAUCAUCUUCAACAAAGAACUCCUUCUAGUCUUGAGAACUUCUACUUCGUGGUUGAUCCGGGCGAUAAACUGCGAGCACUAGUGACUUUCCUUCGAAGCCACGCGACAAACGAGAAGAUAGUGGUGUUUUUAGCAACCUGUGCUGCUGUUGACUACUUCGCACGUCUCCUCAAGGGGGGUUUGUUGCCACCAUCACAGAGCCACCUCGUCCACGCCCUCCAUCGCAAAAUGCGCAACAAGCGCGUUGUCGAAUUUGCUAAAUUCAAAGAUGCCAACAGGGGUGUUCUGCUGUGCACCGAUGUCAUGGCCCGAGGAAUUGAUAUUCCAAAUGUCAACUGGGUUCUCCAAUGGGAUCCUCCUUCCAAUGCGAACUUCUUUGUGCAUCGUUGUGGUCGAACUGCGCGAUGUGGAGCAGAGGGCAAAGCUGUUCUCUUUCUUGCGCCUAGUGAAGUCGCCUAUGUGGAUUUUCUUCGCAUCAACCAAAAUGUAACUUUGGUGGAGCGGAACCUUUCCCAACUUUCAGACGCCUCUAUUUUGAAUGAAUUUUCGAGCGAAUUCUUUCGAAAGAAGAUUCAGAAGAUCUGCUUGAAAGAUCGGCAAGUCGAAAAUCCUGAUGUACGAGAAGAGUAUCAAGGCGUUUGUUUCAUUUGCACAAUUUUAUCUCAAACACGACUGCCGACUGCUUUUCAAAAUCAAAGAAUUAGGCCAGUGCUACAUUCGCUUCCUGGCGUUCUAGCAAGUUGCUUUGUUUAUUGUUGUGUAGACUUGGAUUUGGGUGCAUUGGCCAAUGCGUAUGGUCUUCUCCGAAUGCCUCAAAUGCCCGAAUUGAAGGAUGUCUCAACAGCAAGCUUCGCAGGCUGUGAUGUUGACUUUACAAAACUCAAGUAUAAGGAGAAAAGUAUUGCCAAGCAGAGGGAGAUGAGACGCAAAGCUCUGGAGGAUGAUCCACCACCGAAAUUCAAAAAGCAAUCAACACUCACUCUCCCUAUGCUUGCGUCUUGUAUGCUUCGACUCCUUUUUUUCCUUGUCUCGGCGUGGUCGAAAACGAAAGAGAAGCGCGCAAAACGAGCGGCUCGAAAGCAAAAAAAGCUGCUCAAAAAGGAGCGUCUGGCAGGCAGUGUAGGUGACGACCAAUCUCGGCCUAACCGAAAGCGUCCAGCCGAUGGGACCUUGGACGAAGUCAGCGACGGCAACAGUGAUGUGGAUUCUCUUGUGGAAGAUUACAAGAAAAUAAAGAAGAUCAAAAGCCGCAAGAUCACAGCAGAAGAACUUCAAGAUUUGGAUGGAGAUGAGUAG